AAUUUACAUUGGCAUCAUUUUCAAACGUACAAGAUCAUAAGUAAAUUGAAAUUGCUACUGUUUAUUGUGUUUUUAUCCGUUAAGGCUCAACAUGUCAUCUUCAAUUCAAAAUGAAAAAUACGAAGAAUUGUUUAAAUCAUUGAUUUUAUUCAUUUUGCUUUCAACAGUUAAAACAGGAAGUGCUAUAGAUUUGGUGGAUUUGCCAUUAAGCAUACCUAGCAAAAGCGCUAAUAUUCACGCUACUUUAACUGAUGCCAGUGGAGUUAUUAAUAAUAAGUAUUUCAUCCAAGAGUCAAUAUCAGCUUCUGGUGCUUCCAUCAAAGGCAAAAUCGUGAUCUCAAGUGAAAAGGAUUCUUACAAUGUCUAUUAUGAUACUGAUCUUAGUCUUAACAAGGACCGUUUGGUUAUUCAUGGUACAAAUUGUGUACCAUUUACUUUCAAGAACAAUUGGGAUGAAACUUUACCUGGAGUCAAAAGACCUGUAACUAAUCUGGUACUCUUAAUGGGACCUUCAAUUUUAUAUCGACUUGAUCAUUCAUCAAUUGUUUGGAAAUCAGUUGCCGAUAAAAACAUAAGAGGAACCAUGAUGAAAGGUGCAACAACUCAAGUAAAAAAUAAAUUAAGAAUAACUUACUAUUACAAAAAGAAUUUUGAUGAAGGUUCUGGAAUAAAAAAUCCAAGUCGAAUUGAAUUCAGUGGUUAUGAUCCAACUUCAGUUAUAUACAAAGAGAAUCUCAUUCUUGAUAUUUACCUUCAAAACGAGAACUAUUAUGAUGAACUUGCGAAUGAAGUUCAUCCUUUACCUGGAAUCGGAUGCCCAUAUUACUUAUCCACAAGCCCGACUCCAUUCCCAGAAUUGAGAACUGAUUAUGUUCAUUACACUAUGUACGAAUACAUUCAAGGUUCAUCUACUUCUCGAACAUUCAGUGAGAUUCAUGCAUCAAAAAAAAGACACCAAGCAUUACUGCGACUAAAAGCAACCCUUCUUGGCGUAACAACUGAAGCUAUUUAUGAUUAUCAACUUGGAGUUUCUUACCUCUUUGAAGAGGGUGAAUCCUGUAGAAUAUCAUCUGCAGAUUUAAAUUCACCCGGAAUCGGUUCUGAUGGUUCCUUCAAUUUGGAUAUUCUUUUCCUUCUUGAUUCGCCUUUCAAAUAUCUUGGAAAGCUCAACUUAGAACAUCGAUCUGGAUAUCCUGUUCAUGCAUGGGAAUCAAUCAGAUUCAAUGUUAAUAUCAAUGGGAAAAAGGCGGACAAAGCUGUCAUUACUCAAUAUUUUGCUGAAUCGCGAGACAGUGAACUAUUUCGUGGCUUUACGCUUGUCAGUACCACAAUUGCCAUCUAUAAAUUGGAUUCAUCGAAAAAAACUUAUACGUUGACUGAUGGAAUUACAAGGGAUUAUAUCAACUUUGAAAAAGCUGGAUCCGAAGAUGAACUUCAUGAUAUUUUUACAAUUAAAGAUUGUAAAUCCUUGAUUAGUGAUAAAACAGUAACCCUUGCCUACAAAUUUGAAUGUGAAGGUGACUCUUGUGUCGAAUUCAUGAAAAAACGUGUUUACGACUUGAAACGAUCACUCGUCGAUUUUAUUUUAUCCAAAAAAAUCAGUCCACUUCGAAUAGAUAACGUUCAAUAUAAUAUCAAUGGCGCACAACUUGAAAUAGAAGUGACAUUCCUGGAUACACCUAAUUUGCAAUAUAUUUUCAACUCUAAAACUAUGUCCAUCAGUGCAGAUACAUUUAGAAAGAUGGAAAAAAUCGAAGCAACCAGUGAAUUUGAAUGUCUGGACCAGUUAUCAAGAGUCCAAAAUGAUAUCGAUGUAGCGAUUUAUAGACCAUCAGAUUUUUCUUGUGGAUAUUUGACUAAUUUUGAAGAUCUCAAGGAAGAUACAAAAAGUGGAGAACCAUGCAGCGUCUAUCACUUUCCUUUAAAUAACUUGCGCCGCAUUGACCAAGAGAUACCACUAGACUCUAUUCACGAUGCUUUCAGGCAAUAUUUUGGAUUCAGUAUCUCUUAUCAUUCAGGAAAUUCUCGGCUAGCUUAUAAAAUUAUUGAUGUUAUCGACAAAACGAAGAAUAAAAUUACUUCAGCUGAUGGCUUUCAAUCCAGAAUAAGAGUUGAUGCGAAAUUAAAUGGCAUUGAUCAAGUUACUGUGACUGUACCAGAUGCGAAAACUUUGGCUGAUUGUUAUCGAAACUGUCAUAAUUCAGAGCAACUCAAAUGCAAUAUUUUUUCCUUUUGUUCAAAUGGUGACUGUAGAGUCAGCAGUUUAUUGACUGUAAACCUUUAUAACGAAUCGCACGUUGAACAAGACAAAUCAUGUUCUAUUCACGCUGUGAAUGUUAUCAAUGAUUACGCAGAAGUACCUCAGAGGAAAUUUAAAACUCAGGUUACAACCUCAGUCGAAAAAAAUAUUUAUUCAUGUGCAGAAUACUGUCAUGCUUCACCUGAUUGUUUUUCCUUCCAAUGGUGUGAUUAUCAAUGUAGUUUUGGUGGUGUUUAUACAGAUGCAGUUACUGAAUAUGAUGGAGAAUGCAGUAUAUAUCUUCCCAAAGUAUCUGAAAAGUAUCAAAAGACUGGCAACAAAAUCGUAUCUGAUGUGCUUUACACUGAAAUGAAUUUAAAUUUUGAACAAUGUGCAUCAUUAUGUCAUGGAUGGUCCGAUGGUGACACUGGAUGUAAAUCAUUUAAUUAUUGCCCUAAAAGUAAAACAGAAAGUUCGUGUUCAUUAACUCAAUUUUCAGUUAAAAGUUCAAAUACUAAGACCAUCGAAGGAGGCGAUUGUUCAAAUUACGAGUUGAAAGUGGAAUCAAAUGGAAAGAAAAGGAAAGAAUCCAGUUCGACUGAGGUGAUGAAAGGAACAAGUGGAUCAGGUGCUUUCGGAAUAAUUGUGCUCUUCUUGUUUGUUGGUGGUUUAUUGGGAUUCACUGGACCCCUUGGUUACGCUAAAGUUAAACAAAUGCGUAAUGCUUUAGAAGUCAAUGAAAGUUUCAAUUGGACAAGACAAGUAAAUGAACAAGCUGAGAAUAUCAAUUGAAUUUCAUUUUUAGAUUACAGGACAUGAAAUUUUUAUGCAAUUUUUUCGAAUCUGCGUGUCACCUUAUCUCUGAUUUUCAGUUUUGCAAAGCUGUUUCAAUUUUAAAUUACACUACUGUUGACUAUCUGAAAUUUACUCUCGACUAGAGUCCCGUUUUUCCAAAUUAAAAAUAUCUCAAUCUUAAUCUUAAAUACAUUAAAAUGUUAAAUUACGCUAUCGUAAUUUAACAUUUUUUUGAAAAAAUCAAGCCAGAAAUAAUUGCGAUUCAUAACUCAUGCGUUUGUAUUUAUAAAAAACAAACGAGUAAUUUUAUUAAAACACUAAAUUAUGAAUUAAUUGUAUUUCGUUUUCAUAUCCCCGAGAUCUCACCUACAAUUGUUGAGCAAUUCCAUUCCUUAGCUUCAUUGUUCAUUUACUGUAAAGAUUUGAUUACCGUAUUGAAGUUCAGAAUGAUAAAGUACGCUUUCAUAUAAGCAUUUUUUGAUUGUAAAAAAGGCGCGGGCAUUCCAAAGAGAAGCAAGAGAAAGGACGAGAAGGCAAAGGAAUCUGAUCAACAUGUAAGAUAAAGGCUAAUUCUGGAUCUCCAUCAAAGACGGCGCUGCUGUGUAAAAACAAUUGAAAGCAUUAUAAGUACAUAUUAGAUCACUACAUUGGAGAUGUUCAUGGAAGAAGCCUUGGACCGAGUCAUGAUCACAUCAUAACAUUUUUGAAAUAAAAUGGAACAUCAUGAGAGUGGAAAGAUUACGGCUUAAAGAUAUUUCGAGCAUCAUGAAGAAAAUGUUUGGAUUUUCAGCCACCAUAUCCUCAACAAUAUUAAAAUUUUCUGAUGACCUCCCUGUUUCAAGUCUUCCGGUUUUAUCCUCGUCAGCAUCCAAAAGCUUUUGCAAUUAUUCAGUCUAUUUUUGCUCUUACAAUAUUUAGCACCAUUUAUAAAGGGCGAGGCAUAAGUCGGGUGACAAAUUUAAAUCAAAUAAUAAACUGGUAAAAAAUCGGAUUAGAUUAAGAAGUUUAGGUUUUUUAGAUUCACGAGAAUGUGCUCUUUAAUAAGGUAUAUUGUUUUUGAAAAUGCAACAAGCAAAAUGUCUAAAAAACGACAAAACGUUUGAGGCUGUUCCUUAGGUCAACGCCAGAGUCUUCUGGUACGAUGCUAUAUGAUAAGAGCCAUUUUCACCAUUUGCAAAGUAAAAUUGACACAAACGAGAAUAAAUAUGUUCACCUUUUUUGUCGUUU